GACCUGUCGGUGAUGUCUUACAACAUCCUGUCUCAGGAUCUUCUGCGGGACAACUCGUACCUUUACUCGCACUGUCCGCCGGAGACGCUGGACUGGUCGCGGCGAUUACCUAACCUGCUGGCUGAGCUGCGCAACUACGACGCCGACGUGCUGUGUCUUCAGGAAGUCCAGGAGGACCACUUUGAGACGCAGAUCAAACCUGCGCUGGACGCACAAGGUUACGAAUGCGUUUACAAGAAGCGAACGGGCGAGAAAGCGGACGGCUGCGCGGUGGCCUUCAAGACCUCGCGCCUCUCCCUGCUCUCGUCCAAUCCGGUGGAGUUCUUCCGACCGGGCGACGCCCUUUUGGACCGCGACAACGUAGGACUAGUGCUGCUGCUGCGGCCCAAGGAGGGCGCUCUCACCAACUCGUCUGGCUUUUUGUGCGUCGCCAACACGCACCUGCUGUACAACCCGCGGCGAGGCGACGUCAAGCUGGCCCAGCUGGCCGUCCUGUUGGCCGAGAUCGGACGCUUGUCCCGUCUCCCGGACGGCGCCGCCAACUCCGUUCUUCUGUGCGGAGACUUCAACUCGACGCCGUGGAGUCCGCUGCUCACGUUCCUCCUGGCCGGACGACUCAAAUAUCGCCACCUUCCAAUCUCAGCGGUGUCGGGUCAGGAAUACGGUUCUCGGGGUCAGCGCCUGCUGGAAAACCCCAUCUGGUCGCCCACGUUGGGUAUCAACCAGCGGUGUCAGUACGAGAGCACCCGCGACGGUGACUCGUCUUCCACCUCCGUCGGUUAGUCUCGCCUCGCCGCCGCCGUUUCGGGCAAGUCGCGACGAGACGCUUGGCUUCUGGAACACGACCUUCGCCUGCGAUCGUCGUACGCCCCCCGCCUGCCGCCCGACGGGCGACCCGCCGUCACCACGUGCCACUCCCGCUGCGCCGCCAUGGUGGACUACAUCCUGUACACGCCCCUCGGUCCCGAGGAGCGGGGCCUCCAGCUGCUGGGCAGGCUAUCGUUGGUGGGCCGGCCCGAGUUGGAGCGCGCUGGCGGUUUGCCCAACACCCGUCAUUCCUCCGACCACGUUCCGCUGCUCGCCCGCUUCCGCUGGCACGUCGGCAACCGCUCCUGA